GGUUGUAAGAGAGAUGAUGAAGCCGAAGGUAAUUCGUGCGGCGCCCAACAAACCACCCGUCCAUACAAGAACGUUUUAGAUGCUCAACGUUGCGGUUUGCCAUGGACUACGAUUUCUUCUGAACAGUUUGUUUAUUCCUACCCCCAAAGCCAAUUCCGCCUGUUAGCGGGGCUAGAAAUAAUCAAGGCAGAAGAUGGAACUAGAAUGAUAUUAGAGCCCAAGUUCGUCGAUUAUGGCAGCAUACAUCCAACUUCGACAGAUGUCUCCCACCAAAUACAACAACACAACGCCCAUGGAGUAUUGAAUCCUCGCACCUCCACCCUCUUACCGAUCGACGACGAGCCGGCUAAUACAUCUCACGAAAGCAAAAUGACUCAAGGAGAUCUGUAUCAAAGACAACCGUUACUGCCUAACCCGAAUAAGGGGGAUAAAUGGGGACACGCAGCGCACAGUACUUCGGCGAAUGAAUAUUACGAGGAGGAAGAAGAUAUUGUACCGAAAAGUAACGACAGAAACGGGCAUAUAUCGAUAGAUUUGCCGCCUCCUGUGAGGGAGGAACCGAGAUUCCCUCAAGAACGAUGUAAAACUCUGUUAGCCGCAAUUAUAAUGUUCUUUAGUUUCGUUCUAACGCUAACUUCGUUGAGUUUGGUGCACGAGCGCGUGCCCGACAAAGAGGUCUACGGGCCUCUUCCCGAUGUGUUCCUGGACAAUGUACCUGCUUACGACUGGGCUUUAGAUGUAUCAGAAUAUGUAAUUAUUUUUUGUGUAAAUACCAGUAUGAUAGCUAUGAUAUUUCACAAACAUAGAUUUAUUGUAUUUAGAAGAAUAUUUUUGUUAAUGUCGUUGUUAUACUUGUACCGAGCCAUUACCAUGUAUGUAACCGUUUUGCCUAUGUCUAACGUACAUUAUGCGUGUUCACCGAAAUCAAACGAAACCUCGCCGUUAAUGAUAGUCAAAAGAGUGGUGAAACUCAUGUCCGGCAUGGGAUUGUCCGUUAACGGUCAACACGUCUACUGCGGCGAUUUCAUCUUCAGCGGACACACCGUCAUUUUAACGUUUACUUACCUCCUUAUAUCUGAAUAUACUCCAAAGAAAUUAUAUUUAAUACAUUGGUUGUACUGGAUUUUAUCCUGUUUGGGUGUGAUAAUGCUUGAACUGUCUCACGGCCAUUAUAGCAUAGAUGUGAUUAUCGCCUAUUUCGUUACCACGAGGACGUUUUGGACCUAUCACACGUUAGCGAAUAAUAGUAGUUUAAAGCAACAUUCUCCGAAUAAUCUGCUGGGUCGCGAAUGGUGGUUCAGUUUGUUUUUGUAUUUCGAAGGUAACGUCGGCGGACCGUUACCGAGACAAUUUAAUUGGCCGUUUCCUUGGCCUCGAAGAUGGCACUUGAAGAGUCGAGCCAGUUAG